UCGUGGCCGCUGCUCAACUGACACUAUCGCUCAGUUGCUGCCACACUUGAUUAGGUACGUUCCGUGUGCUACGGUCGCAAACGUCUUCGGUAUGGAUUUGUAUCAUCUUCCACUCUCGGCUCCGUGCCAGGCAGUGCGCUUGGUCGCAAAGGCCCUUGGUUUGCAUUUGAAUCUGAAGGAGCUCGAUCUGUUUACCGACGAACAGCUGAAGCCAGAAUUUCUUAAGAUUAACCCACAACACGUCAUCCCGACGCUGGUCGACAAUAACUUUGUGCUGUGGGAAUCGAGAGCGAUUGUGACGUACCUGUGCGAAAAGUAUGGCAAAAACGAUGGCCUCUAUCCGAAGGAUCCGAAGAAGCGAGCGAUGGUGAACCAGCGUCUGUUCUUCGACAUGGGUACACUGUAUCAGCGCUUCUCGCAAGCCUACUACCCGGUCAUGAUGGAGGGUAAGGAGCUUAAUCCCGAAAAUUUGGUGAAGCUAGACGAGGCAUUCGAAUUUUUGGAAAAUUUCCUGGACAAGACAACUUUCGCUGCGGGCGAUAAGCUGACAGUGGCCGAUUUCAGCCUGCUGGCAAGCAUCACAACUAUCCAUGUGAUUACCGGGUAUGACCUUACCAAGUAUCCAAACAUUCAUCGUUGGUACGAACAGGUUAAGGAAUCCGUCGCCGGACACGAAGAAAUUUGCGUUGAAGGUGCCAAAAAUUUCGCGGAAAAGUUCAACUUCACUAAGUAA